AUGUUCAGCCAGUCGAUGUUCAGCUGCCGCGCCUGCGUGCCCCGCGACCGCGACGCGGACACCGUCCGCGUCACGGUCGCCGACAUCGAAGCGCGGGAGGUCAUCGAGCGUUGGGACGCUGGUGAAGGUCGCUUCGUGGAGCUGCGCAGCGGCGACCGCCUGCUGGUGGGCGCCGAGACCCGCGAAAUGGCUGACCAGUUGGUAGAAGCGUGGCGCGAGCGCCGCCAGCGUCAACAGAACUCCGAGGAGGCCUUGGCUGAGGAGAAGCUUCAAAAGGAGAAGGAAGCCCAAGAAGAGGAAGAGCGAAAGCGCAAAGAAAAGGAAGCUGAGGAAGAGGAGCAGCGCCAGGCUGAACUGCAACGGCAGAAGGAAGAGGAGGAACGUGUGCGAUUGGAAGCCAAAGUCCAGGAGCGCAAGCAGCGCGUGGAGGAGUUUUUGAAGAGCAACCAGUUUAAGGACAUGAGUACUCCGAAGCGAGUGCAGGAGAAGGUCCUGGGCUUGCCUUUGAUCUCCAAGUCAAUUUAUCCCAUCCAUUUGGCCGCCGAGCUGGGGGAUGCUGCCAUGGUGGAGAUGCUCUUGAAGGAGGGCGCCAGCGCGAAGCAGAAGACCUCGACCGGGAAGACGCCGGCGGAGUUGGCCAAGAAGAAGUCCAAGGGUGGAUCACAUGAUGCUGUGCUGAAAGCCUUGGGUGAGCCUAUCAAGCAGGCCCAACGCACCUGGCGCCGCGCGCGGUCCGGUGGCGGGGACCCGCGCGAUGGCCCGCCGCACGGCUCGGUGCGGCACGAAGUCCACAAGAAGGAACGUCCAUGCGCAGCGAAGAGGGACAUCGGUCACAGACGAGGCCCUAAUUCGCUUGGGCUCCGUCCUUUUGGGCUGGCUGAUGUCUCAAGCCUCCGCACUGCUGAGGCCAUUGAUUUUUGUGGUGUAUUUCCUGCACUUGCUUUGCUUCACUAUGUCAGGGCCUCUGCUGCCCGUGCUGCGGAAGCAUUUCCACUUGGCAGCCGCGAAGACGGGGCUUCUGACCUCCGCCUUUCCUUUCGGGAUGCUCUUCGCCUUAAUGCUGUUUCCCGGCCUCAGCGACCGCUAUGGCCGGAAGCCGAUCUUGAUGAUUUGCUUUUCGGGAUUGACCUGCGGCUUCUUGCUUCAAGCGAAAGCACUGCUCAGCAACUGGUCCUUUGCAUCUCGGAAAUCGGCGCCUUCGCUGGAUGCGCUGUGCUCAAGGCCUUCCUGGCCGAUGUCUACACCGGCCGUGCGUUGCUACCAGAGGCGAUGGCGUUCCGGGAAGCUGCUGGCACAGCGGCCUACAUCGUGGGGCCCUCCUUGGGUGGCCUCCUCAUUUGUUUCGCUGAUGCGAAGGCGAUCCCUUUGGCCGGCGCAGUGCUGUCCAUCUUGGCCAUCCUGCUCCUGCUGGCCGUGCCCGAGCGACGGGGCCAGGCCCAGCGCCCACGCCCUUCACCCUCAGCAGACGAAGCGACGGCGCGGCGCGAGAAGCGGCGGCGCGGCGCGGGGCGACUGCUGUCGGUGGUGAUUUUGGUUCAUGGGCUCUACGCCUUGGGCCAAUCGGUCUUCGAGGCCUUCUUCGGAGUUUGGUGUGCAGAGAGCUUUGGCUUCUCUCCCGCCCGGGUGGGGCAAGUGCUCACUUCUUUGGCUUUGCUAGUCUUCCUGACACACACCUUCCUGUAUAGUCGCUUGGUGUCCCGCUUGGGGAUCAUGAACGUGGGCGUGCUCGGCUUACUGUGCAUGUCCAGUUCCUUCAUCGCCAUGAGCCACCACCGGCUGAUCCUCACGCUGCUCUUGUACGCCUUCGGCGUGCCAGCCUUUACCCCCUCGGUGCCCAUUCUACUGGCGCGUUUCUCGCCCGAGCGCUUCCGCGGCCGCAUCAUUGCCAUGGAUGCUUGGGUGAUGUCCGUGGCCAGGAUCCUGUCUCCGGCACUGCUGGGCCUCAUGUACGAGCAUGGUCCCCUCAGGGCCUUUCGGUUCAGUUCUUUCACGUUGUUCGUGGCAGCAGGCCUGAUGGCCUCGCAACGACACUACGUCAAAAGACAAAAAAAUAGAGACGCAGCGUGA